CAAAACUACCUCGACAGUUCCGCUGGCCAUAGGCCCAUACAGUUCGUUAUGCAGCACGACGAAAGGUCGGUAUGCUUCUGUUGACGACACUGGUCGUGUCAGUUGUUUAGAAUUGUGCAAUUCACCUGCACAACAAUGCCGGCUACACGACAACCACGCAGCUCAUUACUGACCAAUAUCUGUUCAUGGCCUAUUUUUGGUUUUAUAAUAGUUGCGCUGUUCCUCUGUCUCCCAACCGUUUCCGGCACACCUUUUUAUUAUGGCACGUAUAGGAGUUAUGGCACGGGUGACACAGUAAUUACAACAUCACACGCAAACGGCGGUCCAGAUACGCCUCAUUCCAAGUGGCAAGUGGAGUGUCUGGAUGGAGAAGCUGCCAUUGGUAUUUUGUAAGUAUACUUUUCCCAAGAUUAUCGUUUAUACUGACAUUCCCAUCAAAUUGUGGUUUUGGCAUACGGACUACUUUGUGUUGCCGGCCCAAGCGGAUUUUCAAUUGUUGACAAGCGUUAAUUUGUACGCAUUGAUAAAGUUAAUGGCUUUUUUUUAUUUUUCAGGGACAACGUGUUUGAUUUCGGGGGCAUAACACAACUAUGGUGCAAGUUUAUGUUUCCUUACAAAAUAUCAACCAGGAAUGUGUAUCCUUAUUUCCCCCAUUGCAUUGUAAAAAAUUACACGGUGGACUUCUUCUGCUAUGAUCCAAGAAACCAUACUCGAAGCGCCAAUACCUUCAUAACCGGAUUAUGGGAUAACGAACUAUCAUUUUGGGUGUAUCGAACAGCAAUUGAUCCCAGUCAACCAUACAAAUGCUGCGUAACACCACCGGGAUAUUACAUCGAUUAUGUGUCCUGCUAUUAUGUAUGGACUCACGAUCAGUACUGGGAAUAUUACGAUUCGCAAUUCUUCCUGUUGAACUGCGCGACCGGCUACGUAAUGACCGGCAUUUCCAAGAAGCUUAGUCCGAUCAUCCCAACGGAAUACCGCAUCGAGUGGCUGCAGUGCUGCCGGUUAGGAUACGGUGCCAUCGUGUCCCUACCACCGCCCAUCGUGGCCACGCCUAAAGGUGGCCCAGUGGCCUACUCAGCCAACAACGCCCUGACCGCGGUGGAUAUUCCCUCCGACUACGCCCAUCAGUACCGCGGGAAGCGCUCAACGGAUCGCCCGACGGCUCAGCAUACCAAACGCCACACGGCCUUCGCAAGGGAACACCCACUUCCGGGAGAUGGGCCGUUUAUGCAGUCACCUUUCUUGGAUACUGGGCGUCACCAUGAAGACACCGCCCAUGAAGCCGAUGGGACAAGUAACGCUAGCAAGCCGUCGGUAUCGGACAAGAAAAUCACAGAGCAGGAUAAAUCCCCGGUCUUGAUGGAAUCCAUGUGAUGCUCAAUUGUUUUCUGUUAAGUUCAAACAGAAGUUGUUUUGCGGUUUUUGCUGAUCUGAAUUAUUUUUGGCAGUUAUUGUGUUGUUGGUUCAUUUUUAUGUGUGAUAAUAAUUGCCCGUGCAUUGGAGUAGGCUUAAUUUGGAUUCUUUUUGCAUUGCACAGGUCAAAACUUUUCAAGUAAAUAAAGUCGGAA